UUAAUCGUUCUAUUGGAGCAAUGCACAUAGUAAGAUCACUUGUCAUCAUUUCAAAUAAUUGAGAGAUUGAUGAUGGCAACAAAUAUUGUUUCUGAAUUACUAGAUGGCUUGAACUAUGCAAAUUGGAGUGUUUGCAUGAGGAGUUAUUUAUUGGCUAAUGAUCUCUGGGACAUUGUUGAAGCAACUAAUGAAGCCCCUAGUCCAGAAGAGGCUGAAGCUGAAUUUAAGGCUUGGAUAAAGAAGAAUGCUGCAGCUUUACAUGCUAUUCAAAUAUCAUGCAAGUCUGAUAUACUUUCCCAGAUUAAGGAAAUCGGUUCAGCAAGGAUUUGUUGGGAUACUUUGGCCGAAAUGCAUGAGGUACAGUCACCAGGAGAUCAAAUAGAGCCACAAGAAGCUGAAUCGCCACCAGUGGAAGAGGAAUUGCAGCAGGAAGCAGCAGUCAAUCAAGGGACAGAGGGUCAUGUUUAUGUUCAAUUUCGUCCUCUAUGCAAAGCUAUAGAGAAAGGUGAUUUAAAUGCUGAUUGAAGUCUCUGGUCUCCGGGAUUUGUUCCCCAGUGGUCUCCGAUUUGUCUUUUGGAAACGAUGGAUCUAUUCUCGUAUUCAAGUGAAACUACCUACUGCCCAGUACAGUGAUGUUCGAAUAAACAUUUCACAGAAUGGCCACAAGCAUCCUAGGAGCCUUUUAGUACGAGGGCUAGGUCCAUUGCGAAGACUUUGUUCAAAUUUACUUCAAUUUUUUGGACUAAAGCAGCUUUAUGAUACAAAGUUGACCCAUGCCUAUGCUCUUGAAAUUUUACAUUGGAUGUCCGAAGAUAUAUCAACUAUAGAUGACACCAAACUUGAGCAAAGUGGAGUAUAUGAUGCAUUCUUUAGAGCUAUCAAAUAUGGUGUCAUUGAAGUUGUUAUGGGGAUCCUUAAAGCCAAUCCCGAUAUUUUAACUGUCCUAAACAAGAAUGGUAGAGGCAUCCUUGAUUCUGCCGUUGAACAUCGACAAGAAAAAAUUUUCAGCCUUAUAUAUGUGCUUGGCACAAGGAAAUAUAUGCUGAUUUCUGGAACUGAUCAGUGCCAAAAUAACAUCUUACACAUUGCAGCAAAAUUAGCUACUCCUGAUCGACUUGCACACAUUUCAGGUGCAGUUCUGCAAAUGCAAAGAGAGCUACAGUGGUACAAGGAAGUGGAAAGUAUUGUGAAUCCGUUGUCUCAGGAAUAUACCAACAGCUCCAAUGAAAAGCCUAGCCAAAUAUUUUCUGAUACCCACAAGCAGUUGGUGAGUGAUGGGGAGCAAUGGAUGAAGGAGACAGCAACAUCUUGUACAGUUGUAGGUGCUCUUAUCAUUACCAUUAUGUUUACUGCAGCAUUUACCGUUCCUGGUGGUAACGUUCAAGAUACAGGCUUUCCACUAUUUUUACAUAAAAAGUCAUUUAUGGUGUUUAUAAUAUCCGAUGCAAUUUCGCUCUUUGCUUCCUCUACAUCAGUAUUGAUGUUCUUAGGAGUCCUUACAUCACGCUAUGCAGAGGAUGACUUCCUUAAGUCGUUGCCCACAAAGUUAAUUAUUGGUCUUUCCACACUUUUUAUUUCAAUUGCAGCCAUGAUGGUAACAUUUUGUGCUACUCUUAUAAUAAUGCUUGAGGGAGAGCUGAAACUUGUAAUUCCAAUUACUUUAUUGGCUAGUAUUCCUGUCACCCUUUUCAUACUGCUGCAAUUUCCGCUCCUUGUUGAGAUAUUUGUAUCCACAUAUGGACCAGGCAUCUUCGAUAGGAAAAUUAAGUAUUGUUACUAAUCAUACUUCACAAGGAAGUGAUAUCCUCUUCAACUUUUUGUGUGUUAAGAAAGUAUUGUCGUUCGAAUACAAAUAGAUUUUGUCUUA